AUGGAUAUCCUGAAGCAAGAGUUGCUAAAGAAAAGGCAAAGUCUCUCGGAAGAGACCGGCGGACGGAAGGUAUUCAAGCGUUCAGAGAUCGAACAGAGACGAAUUCAAAAGCUUCGUGAGGAAGAGAAACGUGACGCCGAGGCCAAACGCCUCCGUCAAGAUCAGAAUCAAAACAAUUCUAACUCCUCUGGUCCUAAUUCUUCCUCUAACCCUAACUAUAAACUCGACUCUUCGAAUUCCAAACCUGAAUCCGCAGUCGGUUCGUCUUCGAAAACCCCAAUAAGUGACGAACAAAAGAUUGACGCUCUAAAUCUACCGAAACAAGAGAUGGAGGGGGAGGUGAAGAUGAUGUUAGCGGAGAUGGUGGUUCUUCAGAAGCUGUUAAUCGAGUGGAACCAGGAGUUGGAUGAGAUGACUGAAACGGAGAAGAGAACUGCCAAAGGGAAAUCAACCUUUGCUACUUUCAAACAGUGUGCGAGAUACCUGAAUCCUCUGUUCAAGUUUUGCAGGAAGAAGGUUUUGCCAGAUGACAUUAGGCAAGCACUGAUGUUGGUGGUGAAGUGCUGCAUGGAACGAGAACGCUAUCCCACAAUGCCUUCAAAGGCAGUUGAGUUUAACAGUUUAGCAAAUGGGAGCGACUUGCAUGCACUCUUGGCUCAAGAACAAAGACGCACUGCAGCUGCAGCAGCCCAAAUCCAGGAGGAGGAGGAUCAAGAUCAAGAUCGCCUCCUAUUGAUGCCACCACCCCCUAGAGAAUCAGAUUGA